CGAAACGGUCACACUACUCACCCAACAUCACAACUCCGGAUUUUCUGUGUGUUUUUCCAGAAUUUCCCAAGAUUGCAAGUUUAAUUAUUCGGUUUUUCGCCGAAAAUACCGUACAACUGCAUGCGGGUGAACCAAUCAGCUAAUCUUUUAUGAACCUGGGAAACCGUGCAAAACUUUUUUGGCGCGCUGAUAAAAAUGUUUGCUUUUCCAGACAUUGUGAGGAAACCGGAUUGCAGCCUAGCAGUCGGUGUUUAAUGCCACAGCCACAGGCAUGGCGGUCAAGGUGCAAUUUGAGAUUGGCCACACGUCGAGGCUGCGCAGCAAGAAGACACCGCAUCCGCUGUCCUUUACCCACGACUGGGAAAUAUACGUGAAAGGCGUCAACCAAUCGGACAUUAGCAAUUUUGUGGACAAGGUGGUCUUUUUGCUGCAUGAAUCAUUUCCUAAGCCCAAGCGCGUGGUUAAGGAACCACCGUAUGCCAUACAAGAGUCGGGGUAUGCCAGCUUUUUGCUGCCAGUGGAAAUUUUUUUCCGCAACAGAGACGAACCGAAGCGCAUCAUGUACCAGUACGACCUCAUACUGCAGUCCACCGGUCCGCCCCAGCACCACGUACAGGUAAAGACCCAUAUUUUCGAAGCCCCGUCAGAGGAGUUUCGCGCCAAAUUGAUGCGCGGCGGCGGAGUUCCUGUUUUUGGGGCUAACAUUGGUGCCAGCAGCAUCAGCCGAACGCUAUCGCCCAGCGUUGGAAGCGCUGGUGAGACUCCAAACAACGAGGUAGGCGUAGUAAAGGCAAAGGGUGGUGCCAGCACCAUCUCUAUAAACGUGGAUCAGGGAGCGGUCAAGAAGCACAAGUCGCGCCCUGAGGAUCCCGGCAAGAGCAACGCAUUUUCAGCCCUCUUUGGCCCACCUAUUACAAAGGGCGGUACUGCCGGGAAUAGUCAGUCCUUGGCGCCCGCUUCCAAACACUCUCCGGAAGCUAAGAGUGUUUCGGUUAGCAGCAAGAGCGGCUCCCACGAUGCCAAGGAAAAGUCUAGCAAGGAACGCGAUAAGUCAAGCAGCGGAGACAAGUCCCGGGAAAAGGACAAGAAGGAUCGUCACGGACGUGACAAGGACCGGAAAUCGAGCAAGUCCGGCGAAGGCAAACACGAGCGGGAGAAAGAUAAGUCGAAGAAGGAUAAGACUCGCGAUAAGGAUCGGGAACGUGAGCAAAGUUCAGGCAGCACAACUGGAGCCCUUGCGGCGGUAACCACUAGUCUUCCCGCGGUAGCUGCAGCUAGUGGUAUGGUAAAGAGUACGGCCAGUCCCAAACCGGGAAAGCCGGCCGAGAUGAGUGCACCCAGCCCUAAGAAGGGAGAACAGUCUACAGCGGGAGCGACACCCACUUCGCGGUCCAAGGAACGCGACGAGCACAAGUCAAGUAAAACGGAGUCCAAGGACAAAGAGCGCAGCUCCAGUAAGAAGUCAAAGAAAGAUAAAAAGGACAAGGACAAGGAGCGCGAUCGAGAGAAGCAACGCGAUGAGCACAAAGACAAGCGACUGCCCAAGGAGGAGCGCGCAGGUCAGAGUGACAGUCCGGUCGUAGGAAUCCCACAACAACAGUCCCAAGCAGCCGCUACGGGAAAGGCCACCCCCACUUCCGUGGGCAGUAAUAGCAGCAGCAGCAUGGCAUCCACCACCGGCAAACAUAAAGAGGAGAUCAUUGGUAAGCAUGGCGAAAAGACUGCAGAUACCAAGACGACAGACAAGGGCACGAGCAAUGGCAGUGCGACAGCAGACACCAAGAAGUCCCAUAAGCACAAGAAAAAGGACAAAAGUAAGGACAAGGACAAAGAGCGCAACGAUCGCGACAAGGACAAAGAGAAGGAACGCGAUAAGGAGAAACCAAAGGAGAGGGAGAAAGAUAAGCAGCCAACGACCGCAUCAUCAGAGAAGCCAUCAGCGGCCGAGCCAUCGCCUAAAACAGAGGGAACCAGUCCGGCCACCGAGGGAGGAGUCUCCGACAAGACUGCAUCCAGUGCCAAUUCAAGCAGCAGCAGCAAAAAGGACAAGCACAAGAAGUCAAAGGAGAAGUCCUCUGGCAAGGAUGAAAAACGUCAACGGGAGGUGGGCGACAAGCUACCGGAACCCAAGAACGCCGGGAAGCAGGGGCAGCAGGCACAUCCGCUGCCUGCCCAGCAGAACAAGGCUCCCAGAAACCUGGAUCUCAGCGAUGUGGACUCUGCUCAGUCAGCGCCGGAUUUGGCUGCGACCAGCGCUUUAACUGCGUCGUCAGGAACUGCAGGUACACUACAGCACUCGGACAGCUCCAACAGCAGCUUUCCAGACCUACCCGCUAAGGGAACCAAUCAAGUGAAGCCAGCAAAGGGGAGUUCCGGCUCCGGAAAGGAGGGAAAGCCGACUGGAAAGGAGCACAAGGCCAAGUCCAAGCAGAGUGACAAAAGCGCUGACAGGACGGAAAAGGCCAAUAAAACUCCGGACGCCAAGUCUGAAAAGUCCGAGAAGCCUGACAAAGAAGAGAAGAAACGCGUUCGGAGGAGUUCGCAAAAUAGCAAUAGCGGCAGUGGCGGUGGUGGUGGAGGUGGUGCCGGUGGUUUUAUCGAACCCCCUGUAAAGGCAUCAAAGAAGGAGCAGAGCAAGACGCCGCGGGAAAAGUCAAAAUCGCCGUCGCUACGCCCUUCCAGGGACACAAACUCCGCGGGAGGUACAACCAAUACAGGAUUAGGUCUUCUGCCACCGCCGCCAUCAUCUUCGCCAAGUAACAAUCACAUCGGCGGAACAAAUGCAGCCAGCUUAAGCAACAACAAUAACAAUAACACAAACAGCAAUAACACUCAUUCGCCGGCUGACUUAACCGCGGCCGGACAACUGCAGUUGCCAACGGAGUAUUUGAGUGAACUGCAGGAACUGCAUCACAAGAUAAUGACCCUGCAGGACAACGAGGAGCUGCAGCACGUGGUAGAGAUGAUAGCGGCCACAGGUUGCUAUGAGAUCACGCACAAAACGUUCGACUUUGACCUGUGCAAACUAGAUCGGGUCACCGUGCAACGGCUCCAGGAGUUUCUGGCCACCUCGGUGUCGUGACACACCCUGGCCACCACGACUGCCACUGGCCCGGCGGCUCUCUACGGCUAGAUGAUGCACACAUAUACACACAACACACACAAAUCCCUCAUGCACAUAACCAAAUCAUUAAGCUUAGUGUUAAAGUUGUAAACCAAAAGCGAUAUAACCAUAACCAGGCUUGAGAUAAGAGCCCGAAUUCCUCCGCCUCUCCCACUAGAUCCUAAGUUGUUUUGUUGACCCAAAGGGUUGAGCAAAAUACGCAAAAUUGACCUUCAGUUUUUGAGACUCAUUUGAUUUAAGAUCACAUUUAGACAUAUGCGUUUUGGUUUCCUAUUCGUUUGUAAUUUUAUUUGUUUUACUUUACACAACAAACUUUUUUUCCACACUAGAUGCUUCAUUUUUAUAUAAAUACGCUAUUUAAUUUAUUGAGUAUCUUUUUGCGAAUAAAUUACUCCUUUUGUACGAUAUUUACGUAUUUACUUAUCUUUUGUUUUCAUUUUGAAUCAUCUCAAUAUCGCUCAGUAUAACAAAUUUGUCUCAAGUAAUAUAUAGUUAACCAUCUAAGAAACAUCUUAUAACCAAAUUUGACAUUUUUGUGAACGAACCGUGGUCUGGCUUAAUUUAAAUAUAAGUAAUGAAACCAGGGAAGUCACUCCAGAGUACAGCAGUGUGGAGCGAGUCUGAAAAGCUCGCAUCAGCCUUGAAAUGUAUAAGAUAUUUAAGGUAUAAACCAAAGGAAGAAUAUAUAGUUUGCUAAGCCGAUUGGUUGGUUGCAUAUUGUAUAUACGCGAUUACGAAUUUACGCAAGCAGUUAAUUUUAACCCAUAUCCCACUUCCCGCACCUCUAUAUGCGUAUAUACUUAUAGUAAACUCCAAACGAAAAACUUACUUGCCACAAAAAAGAAUAUAAUAUUAUUAUAUCCACAAUAAGUGCUAAGAAAUUGGAAUGACCAUUUCUUAUAUUUUAUUCAUAUUACACACAAAUGGUAUUUUUAAUGAAACAAUACUACAAUCGUUGAUUAAAGGAACCUACAUAUAUUACAAA